AUGAGAACUCUCUAUAUAGUUACUUAUCCGUUGUUCCUUUGCUACAGACUUUGUAGAGGAUUCGAUGCUGAUGGCCAUAGUGCGAUUGCAAUGACUGCAAUGUCAGGUCUUAAAGGAAAUACUUUGCAUCAGUUAAAACGUCUAAUGAAUGGAAAAGACAUCGUAGAUAUUUCAGCUUGGGGUGAAAGAGUAUCACAGAAGCAUCCAUCAACAAUGCCUUUCCAUUUUCAAUAUCAAGAUAUGAAUGAACUACACUUUGAUAAAUUUCUACCUGAGAGUGCCCCUCAAAUGUUUGGACUAGGAGAUGGUACAAGAUCAUUCUCACAUACUUAUUCAGAUAAAUAUUGCAAUGAAGUAGGAGCCAGUGCAGAAUGCAAGGAAACAGGGCACUGUUUGGUACCAAUGAUUAAACAUUUAUAUAGUCGUUUAAUAGGUUUAGAUCGAAAUAAAAUUAGUUACCCUGAAGGAAUUCAGCUUACAGAUUCAGAUUCAGUCAAAUUUUUAGUAAAUCUUAUUGGAGAUUUACAUCAGCCAUUACACUUUGGUUUUACUGAGAGCAAUGCAGGUAGAGAUUUCCAUGGUCAUCUAAUAAUAAAUGGAACUGAAGAAACUAUUUCACUAUUUGAAAUAUGGGAAAAGGGAUUAAUUCAAAAACUAAAAAUUGAGAAACCUCAAUUUUGGUAUGGUGGUUGGACACAUGUUUUUGCUAUCCGGGAUAUAUUUGACAAGGAAACAAUACUUUGGAAAGAAAGAGGUAUUGAUAUAAUAGAUGAUUGGGCUAGAGAGAGUAUUCAAAUUAUGUGUUCUGCACUGUUUAUACAUCCCCUGAAUCAAGAAAAGUUGACAAAUAAUUUUAAUAUUGAUCCUCUUCUUGAGUUUGCAUGGUUUGAGAUACUUAGAAGUAGAUUGUUAAUAGCUGGGGCUAGGUUAUCAAUUGUACUCAAUGAUAUUUUAAAAUACAGGGAAGGUAAAGAGAAGACAUUUAGACAGCCAUUAUCUUCCCUACUUGUUAAUGAAGAGGAUGAAAGUCACAAGGUCAUCGAAAAUGUAUCUUCUGUAAUCCCAAAAAAGAGUUCAUUUUCAACUAUAAAAAUAUUUAACAAGAGUUACAAGUUGCAUACAUGGGUUAGGAAUUUGUUAAUAAACUUGGGUAUCAUCUUUUCUUGCACUUUAAUCUUCAUCUAUAUCUCUAGAUAUUGUCUAAAUGACAACUAUUCAAAAGUUAAACAUAUUGCUAUUCCUACCGAUGACCUCAAGAAGUCUCAAAAUAUUCAGCUUAAGGAAACAUCUAUGAUGGAAUAG